AUGCCAUGUUCUCCACAAUAUGUUAUGAGCAAUGGAAAACCUAUGUGGCCAAUUAUUCAGCAAUCAUUAGUUCGCCUUCAACAAUUAAGUGCUGCCCGUAGUGUUACUUAUCGCGAUCUAGAAGGUGGAGGUGUUUUAGGCUCUGGUUGUGUACAAGAAGAAAUUCGUUUUAGUAUUUGUCCUGAAAUGCUUGUUAGUUUACUUGUUUGUGAAAUGAUGAAGCCGGACGAAUGUAUAUUUCUUAUUGGUUGUGAACGAUAUUCAUCAUACAAAGGUUAUGCAAACAAUUUUGAAUUCGAUAAUGAUUAUAGAGAUGACACACCCAAAGAUAAUUGGGGUCGAAAAUGGUGCCACCUUGUGGCUAUGGACGCUAUUUAUUUUCGUAAUCCAUCAAUCCAAUACGAUAUGAAAUACAUAAAUCGUGAAUUGAUCAAAGCAUACACAUGUUUUCGUCCUAGAAAAGUGGCAGCGAUACACCAGACCUUGUUUGGUAUUGCUACCGGAAACUGGGGUUGUGGUGCAUUCAAUGGUGAUAAACAACUGAAAGCAAUCAUUCAACUAAUGGCUGCUUCUGAAGCUAGACGUCCAUUAAUUUGUGCAGCUUUUGGUGAUAAAAACUUAGUUAACUUAUUUUUUACAGUUUAUGAUCAUUUGACGCAACAACAAGCAACAGUACGAGAUUUAUACUUAUAUCUUUUACAAUAUAGUGACAAACAUAGUCGAUUAUCAUUAUUCGAUUAUAUUCUUCGAACAUCUGUUAAGUCACUCAGACCUUAG